AUGAAUAGAAAAGAAAAAAAUGUAAACGAAAAAACCAAAACAGAAAUGAUUUCCUCUACAACACAAACUUCUGAUAAUGCGCGACACAAGAUAUAUAUUCUUUCUCUUUUUCUCUUCUACUUUGAUCAGAGCGUUGAUGGAGAUGACAUGAGUAUCAAUGCUGGUACGGAAAACGAUUAUAUUACUCUAAAACAAGGACAAGUGACUUAUUUGGUAACCAUUAAACUAUCCAAGGAAGUACUUGCUGCUAUAAAGUUAUCUCAAGUUAAAGUCAAAUCACCUACCAAGAAGCAAGAAAAUUCCAGUAUCAGAGAAAAUCAAAUAAAUCAAUACAAUGUAUUGGUUCUGAAAGAAGAUAGAGAACUACGAUAUUCCAAACGUAGAAGUAAAACUCCUGAAUCUACGAAUGACUGUCCAUCAAGCUCACCAAGUAAGAAGAAAGUCAAAUUUCUGUUGUAA